AAGAAACAAACACUUUUCUAGAUGUAAUCAAAAAAGUAUUAGGAAAAAUAAGUGGGAUUCAAUACAUAUCACUGUUAAUUGAAGAAAUAAUGCGAAUUUCUUGUUGAACUUUGGUCCGAAGGCCAAGAAUAAAACUAAAUUAUUUACAUCUAUGUUUUCGACAGAUUUGAUGAAAAAUUUUAAUUAGGUUAGAAAAUUUUCUUCAAUAAAUAAAAACAAAAAUACAUCAAAUAUUCAAACAUCAGUUAUCUUAUACUAAAAGUGUGGUCAUUGAUCUGAAUAUUAGAAAUAAUAAUAAAAAAUGGAGCAGGACGAAAAAGACACAAAACCAGUUGUAGAAACAAAGUCCUCAAUGGAAAUACUUUCUGAAUUAUUCAGCACAUUUGAUGCUGACCCACCGGUUUUAAUCGAAGAUGAAUUAUCAAAUGGCACCAAAAAACAUAAAAAGAAAUCAAAGAACAAAAGUAAGGAUAAAAAACAUAAGAAAAAAAGCAAGAAGAGGAAACAUAGUAGAAGUUGUAGUAGCAGUAACAGCUCUAGUGAAUUAGAUUUUGAUUUGUCCAAACUUCUUGUUAAGCGAGAACAGUCUGCCGAAAAAAAAAUUAAAAUAGAAGGAACUGAAUUAUCUUUGAGUUUGGAUAAAAUACAUGAAACAGAACCAAAAGAGGAAGUGGAUGUGAAACCACAUAUUGAUGAGUUAACUAAGGAGAAUGAUAAUGAAGAUGGUGAGUUGUCUUCUGAUGAUGAAGUUAAACAUCAUUCGAAGCAUAAGAAACGCAAAAGACAUAAACAUAAAAAAGACAAAUCACAAGAAAAAACAAAAAAGUAUUCAGAUAAAUUGUCAGAUGAUAUUUCUGAUUCUUCUAAACAAAAACACCACCAUAGGAGUACUUCAAGACAUAAAAGUUCCAAAGAAAAGGAAGAAAUGAAUGAUUUUUAUAAAAAUAAAGAUGAUUCUAGAAGUGAACGCAACAGAUCUCGGUCCCCUCAUAAAUAUUCUGAUUUGAGACAAAAAAUUAAAGAAAAUGUACAUAAGCAUUCUAGUUCUAGUCAUAAAGAUGGUUGCAGUUCACCUCACAGAUAUUCUGAUUCACGUCAUAAGACAGAUUACAGGUCUAAUCGACUUGGCAGGCAUGAUGAUUUUUAUAAAGUUCGUGAUAAAGAUAGAUCUUAUGAUAGAAGUAAUAAGGAUGAUUUUUAUCGAAGUAGAAGUAAUGACAGAAAUAGGGAUGAUAGUUGGUUUAGGUCAAGGGAGCACAGUAGGGACAGUAAAUAUAGAGACAGAAGAUAUUCUUCAACCAAUGAUUCUUCAUAUAUAGACAAGAAAAAAUUGUUAGAGAUUGCAAGAAAAAAUGCCAUACAAAUGAUGAAAUCAGGAAAUUUACCGGGAGCUUUGAGUUUGGGACCACAGGCGCAGGAGAAAGUAAUUGCGGCUAUCAAAGCUGGUGGUAAGACGAUAGAGGAAUUGACUGAUUUCUGUAAAACCCUUGCUACCAAAGAAGAUUUAGGACAAUUAUCAGAAGUGGAAGAUGACAAGGCUAGUGAUAGCGACAAUGACAAACUUUUCAAUCAUCCUUUUCAGAUCAAAGAUAGGCCUACUACGAUAACAAUGAAUAUAAAAAAUUCUGUUCCUCUACCUGUCAAAAGUACUCAGGAAAGAACGACAGAACUGAGAAUGCAGUUUCCUGUCAGCAGUGGUCAGCAUCAUCGUAAAAAUGAGAAUGAGUGGGUUCCAGUUGAAUCUAAAAAAGAUGUGACUCCUGCACCAAAACCAUCGAUUGCAUUAACCAAGGAAAUGGUUCCUAUUACGCCAUUAGUACCUGCAACUAGUAGUGCUCAGUUUUUAUCAACAGUACCUGCGCCAGUACCUAUACCUCCAUCGGUACAGCAACAAAUUGACAUUGGAGCAAUCGUUUCUCAAAGAUUGAGUGCAAUGAGGAAACUUCAAGAAAAUCCCAACGAUGUACAAGCUCUUUCCCAAAUGUAUCAGUCUACAAAAGAGGUUCAAACCUGGGCUGAAAGUAAACAGCAGCCAGGUCAGUUUACUGGAGCGGUUGAAGGAAAUUUUCUGACCCAUUCGGAAUUAUCAUCCGGGUAUCAAGCAUGGGCUAAAAAGGAUCAACUACAAGUUGCCGCUCCUGUUUCUGGCGGUAUGGGAAUGCAUUUACUCCAAAAAAUGGGUUGGAAGCCCGGUGAAGGUUUAGGUAAAGAAAAAACAGGUGCUCUGGAACCCUUACUCCUCGAGGUCAAACUGGAUAAAAGAGGUCUGGUCGCCACUGAAGAAUCACAAAGAAAAAAGAAACAAAAGCAAGUACAGAAACCACUUCAAAACCCCAAUAACAAGCAUCCUGUGUCUCUGUUGGGUGAAUAUGCUUGCAAGAAUAAAUUGGGGGCGCCUUCCUACAAUCUGUGCUUCGAAUGCGGUCCCGAUCAUAAAAAAAAUUUUUUGUUCAAAGUAACGCUCAAUGGAAUGGAAUUCCAACCAAGUUUUGCCAGCCCAAACAAGAAAGAAGCAAAAGCAAAUGCGGCCUUAUUAUGUUUGCAAAAAUUAGGCAUUGCUCCUCAAUAAAUAAAUUCUUCAAAAU